AUGGCGGAUAACGACUCGACUGCGCAGAUGGCCGUAACCCUCCAGCUUCCCACCUUCUGGGCCCACAGACCAUCUGCAUGGUUCUCCCAUGUGGAAGCUCAGUUUGCCUUGAGACACAUUCAAUCACAAGAAACUAAGUCCAACUUAGUCAUCGUCAGCUUACCGGAAAAUGUGAUCGAAGACGUCUCAGAUGUGCUAGAUGACCCAGCACCGAAUCUUUACGAUCGCCUCAAAACCGCCCUCAUCAAACGUGUUGCACUUACUGACCAGCAGAAAGUGCAAGAACUUUUCAGGGAUGUGCAUCUGGGUGAUCGCAAGCCGACGCAACUGCUUCGUCAGAUGAAGCAGCUGAUUGCUGACUUCAACAUUGAUGAAGCAUUUCUCAAGCAACUGUGGUUACAGAGGUUACCACAGUCGGUUCAAGGGAUCCUCGCACCCUUCCAUAAGUGUCCCUUAAUAGAGCUGGCGGAAGCGGCUGACAGAGCUGUGGAUGCUACGAAACCCAACACUAGUAUCUCAGCUGCACUGUCUACUGCCACGGAUUCGUUCAAAAACCCUCCCUCGGCUGUUGAGCCAACAAGUUUCGAUGUUAUAGCUCACAUCUCAAAAUUGUAUGAGAGUUGUGCAGCAUCAGGAACGAAAUGCGGUCUGGUAGUUCUUACAAAGGUCGCACGUCUCGCUCGCGCAACAGGUCUGCCUCCCGUACCGAUAGCAGACGUUCCAAAUCGCGACAAUCCCAACCCAGGUUGUGCUGGUACCAUAAACGUUAUGGUGCCAAUGCCAAAAAGUGCACUCGACCUUGCACCUUCGAGGCUAACCAGGCGGGAAACGUGUGAGCCAGCACGUGACGGCGACUAA